AAGUUUUAAUUUUGAUUCACACAAGCACGUUGACAGUCAUUAAAGUGCGUACCUCAAGAAAGGAUACAUUAUUUCAAAUUACUUUUUAGAAUUUUGAACUUAUCAAAAUCAUCAUGAAAGUAACCAUCUCAAUUUUCCUGAUCUUCGUUUUGAGUGAUCUCACCACACCCACUUUUGUCAAGCCCAGCACUUUCCUCGACUCCAGACUAGCCAAGGGUUUCUGGGUGUCAAAUAAAGACAUUGAAUUUUCUCACUCUCUGUUCGAAGGUGGUUGGGUGUGGACUGCGUCCGGAAAUUUACAAGUGACGCAUGUGUGUCGAGCAAAAUCUGGUCUCUUUAACGACGUGAGCAUAGUUCCCGGAGAGUUGUUGAACGAGACGUGCUACGUUUCCGGAAAUCCAACAGUGGCUUCCUUGUCAGGUGUCCGUGCUUUCAAGGAAUACGAAGUUCUACUCAAGGUAGAGGACGAGGUUUUCGAAUGGGUCGAAUUUGAUCGGGAUGAGGGAACGGUUCCCCACGGUGCCAUAAUUGGCGGUAUUGGAACAUACUACGAACCUAUCCUUGUUUGUCGCAAGUUCUUUAAUGGGACGGCAGGAAACGUUCGAAAAUCGAAAGCUGUUUUGGGGAAAUUCUCUCCAAAAGAAGGCAAAUGUUUUUAUGAAAUGGAGGUCAACCUUGGAGCUGAGUGGAUCAAGUGGGACGUUAGUUUCGCUACAGAAAAAUUUCAGCUUCUCAUUUUGAGGGCGAGAGGAAAGGAACAAUGUGCUGAACCAAGGAGCAUCAGACAAACCAAAGAACAAAAGCCAGUCGAACUACCUCAAUUUCAUUCACUUAAGUUAUAAUAUUUUAAUAUCGAAGUCUAAAAGUCAUACAUAAAUAUUAAAAUAUAGGUACUUGUAUGAUUUAACUUGAAUUAAAAGAAUUUUUUUAAGUAAGUUCGUAGUUCUCAGAAGACGAAUUUUUGGUUUCCCCUUUUCAUCAAUUCCAAUAACCAUUUUCAUGUAUUGCAGCAAUAGUACCCACUGCAAUAGCAUUUGGAAUAUUUAAUGAACACUUGCAUUAUUCCCAAAUAUGUUUCACAAGACAUACUUAAGUCAGUUUGCAUAAGCGUCAAGAAAAUUCUCGAGCCUUUCCGGGGAAUGGGUUGGCUGGCAAUUUAAACCGAGAAAGAAACCACCCGAAAUCUGGUAGAAAGUCAAAUCAGCGAUGGUUUUACUUGGAGCAUUUCGCAAAUUCCCGAAUUUGUACGAACAGUUGCCAAAUCUGUCCUUCAUUUUCAGAAAGGCAACAUUCACGCGACCAUGUAAAGAACGUGCUUGUACAUAUGUGCAUAUGUGUAUCCAGUGCAUCUUGUUGUUGUUGUUAUUGACUUUGUCAAUCAAUUUUAUAUGUACACAACUCACAUCAGGGGAAAAAUCUAUCAAAGUAUUUAGUACAUUUUACGUAUAAAUAUACAUUACAUAAUCUGCUACUUUUUGGACUGGCGUCACGAGGUAUGUACCUGGUAUUGCUGUAUUAUUACUGCCCAAUUUAAAUGCGCACAGAAAUCAACAAAAAUUCACUCUACCGCAGAAAAAUACAAUACAGCAAGUAUUAUAUCACCAAAAAAGAUGAAACCUUUAUCAUUGUUCUGGGACUACUACAACUUCAAACAUAAAUGUUUGAAACCCGUCAACAGCAACUCUGAGGGAAUUUACUCCCAAUUCUCCAAUCCUGAAAUCGUCUGUGAUUGUGAUCAAUCGGUGAAAAUUCCUCCAAGAAAAAUGCUAUUUCAUCAGGAGAUCAAUUCUUGCGAAUUAUUCAGACACCUGAAUCCGGGAUUCAUCUGCUAGCAUUUAUUAAUUAACAGUAGUUUUGGACAUCCACGCAAUCUCGGAUAUUUCGGGUUAUAACUUUCGGCUUAGUUUCCGGUGUAAAAUAUUUGACUACUUGUUGUGAGACAUACGGAUUAAUUUAAAAUGGUGAAAGAAAAACCAAAUUCGACACGUUUGUACGAUAGCGAUGGCUUCAGAAAGAGGGCUGCUUGCGUUUGUGUGAAAAAUGAGCAGGAGGCUGAGGUUCUUUUGGUCACGUCAUCGCGGCACACUGAUCAGUGGAUCGUUCCAGGGGGAGGCUUAGAGCCCGAAGAGGAAGCUGAUGCUGCGGCUGCCCGUGAGGUUAUCGAGGAAGCCGGUGUUCGGGGUAACAUAUGCCGAUGCCUUGGCUCAUUUCAAAAUGAUGAUCGAAAGCACCGAACCGUCGUGUAUGUGCUGGUGGUCACGGAGGAACUGCCAGAGUGGGAAGACUCCAAGAAUAUCGGACGAAAAAGGAAAUGGUUCAAACUUGAUGAGGCGUCCAAGCAUCUCGCCCACCGUCCGUUGCAGCUAAAUUACCUCCAGUUACUUCGUCCUCACAACAAAAGAAAUCUGGAGACGGAAAAAAGACCGACAUAAUAAAGCCUAUAAAUUUCGUCAUCAAACUCUCUCUCUCUUUUGCUGCCAUGACCGUGCUGCCUACAAUUUUAUAACAUUUCAGCCUUUUAAUGUUUUGCAUUUAUAUAUAUCGGGCCUAGACUUUUGACUCUAUGACUUGCCAAUCUUUCGACUCCCUCCGCUUAUUAUAUAUCAGUGCGUACCAGAAUGUAUUUAAUGCUGGCAUCUCUGAAAAGAAUUAGUCGCAAUUUGCCAUGUAACGACGCUGGUAUAAUUGCCACCUCACCUAGUGAAAUAGAAGUAUGUUUUAUAACGACUCAUAAAAUGGAUAACUGAAAAAAUGUUAAAGUCAUACUUAUGUAUAAUGUGUAACAAUUUGUAGACAUAUUUAUAAAAAGAAGCCGAGUUGAAAUGCCAAGUAAUUUAUGAAAUAAAAAAUUUGAAUGCGAA